AAAAACAGAUGGCCAGGAUCUAUUCGGCCAAAUAGAACAGCAAACCUCGAGUUUUCCCGUCGGUGCUUAGCGCGCCGGUCCUCCUCUUUCUCUCUCUCGCGGGAGUCGGGAGCUCAACAAAAGCUGCAGUCGCCGGGCGGUCUAAUAACAAAAGAACUCAUACUCUCUCUCUCUCUCGUCUUCCUCUCUUUGGACGACCCUAGUGCUCUCCAUAAAAGCCAUCGAUGGGAGGUCGUCUCCGGAUUUCCCUGACGAUCUCGUGUCUUCUAUUGAUUUGGAUCUCCGCGUCGGCCUCGAUUCCGUCGAGGGAAUCGUUGGGGAUAGCUCCUCAAGAUUUGAGUUAUUAUAAAUCGGAUGUGAUCAAAUGCAAGGAUGGAUCGAAAAAAUUCCCGAAAGAACAGCUAAACGACGAGUUCUGCGACUGCCCGGAUGGAACCGACGAACCCGGGACAUCAGCGUGUCCGCAAGGGAAAUUCUAUUGCCGGAAUGCGGGUCACAUUCCUCUGACAAUCUUCUCUUCUCGAGUGAAUGAUGGUAUAUGUGAUUGUUGUGAUGGGAGUGAUGAAUAUAAUGGCAAUGUGAACUGUCCAAACACAUGUUGGGAGGCCGGUAAAGUGGCCAGGGAGAAACUGCAGAAGAAGAUAGCAACAUUUCAGAAUGGAGUUACUAUUCGGAAGCAGGAAGUAGAAAAAGCAAAACAAGCAUUUGCUAAAGAUGAAGCCGAAUUGUCAAAACUUAGAAGUGAAGAGAAGAUACUCGAAGAGCUUGUUCAGAAGCUUAAAGAGCAAAAAGAACGAAUUGAAAAGGCAGAGGAAGAAGAACAUAAAAAAAAGGAAGAGGAAGAAAAGAGGCUCAAAGAAUCUGAAACAAAAGCUAAUGAGUUAAAGAAAGCAUCCAAGGAAUCUUCACAUGAUAGCACCGAUCAGGCUCCAGAAUUACAUAAUCAGGAUGCAAUGGAAGAUCACCAUGAUUCUGCAGUAGAAGACAAAAAUGAUUAUACUACUGAAACUGAGAUAUCUGAUAAUCAAGCAGUGGGAAAGGUAGCUGAUGAUCAUGAUGACACUAUAGCCAAAUCUGGACAUGAGGCUGAUGGUAGAAGUGACGGGUCAUCUUUCAGUCAUGUGGAAAAGCAGGGGCCAGUUUCUGACAGCACUGAAGGAUUGUCGAGAGAAGAGCUGGGUCGUCUUGUAGCGUCUCGCUGGACUCAGGAAGAUGCUACAGAAGAAAACAAUGAAGUUAAUACAGCAAAAGAAGAAGGACAUGAACAUGAUGAAGAUGAAUCAGAAGAAAAUCAUGAUGGCUAUAAUUCAGAUAGUGAUGAAGAUCAUAAGUUUGAGGAUGAUGAUUUGGAAGAUGACCCACAUACAGAAUUUGGAGAGGAUCAUGAAGAGCCUACUGGUGCCUACAGUUCUGAUGAAGAUGACAAAGCUGACUAUUCAGAUUUAACUGUCUCUGGUAGCUCAUCAUGGCUGGACAAGAUUCAACAGACUGUCAAUAAUGUUCUUCAAGCUUUCAGCCUUUUCAGACGUCCAGUGAACAUAUCAGAAGCUGCUACUGUCCGAAAGGAAUAUGAUGACUUAAGCUCGAAGUUGUCCAAAAUUCAGUCAAGAAUAUCCAGUCUGAAUGAAAAGCUGAAACAUGAUUUUGGCAAGGAUAAAGAAUUUUAUUCAUUCUAUGAUCGUUGCUUUGAGAGCAAGCAGAAUAAGUACACUUAUAAGGUCUGUCCAUUUAAGAAAGCCUCCCAGGUCGAAGGGCACAGUUCCACCCGAUUGGGGCACUGGGAUAAAUUUGAGGAGUCAUACAGAGUCAUGUUAUUUUCCAAUGGAGAUAGGUGUUGGAAUGGCCCCGAUAGAAGUCUAAAGGUGAGACUUAGGUGUGGAUUGAAAGAUGAGCUUGCGGACAUUGAUGAACCAAGCCGAUGCGAGUAUGUAGCUAUACUUUCAACUCCAGCCGUAUGUCUAGAAGAGAAGCUAAAGGAACUGCAGCAGAAACUUGAAGAUAUGAACACAAGUCAACCCUCUGGUCAUGAUGAGCUAUGAAGUUCUGCACAAUUUGCAGAGUGAAACAUGCAAAAAGAGUUUAUAGUCACACUCAUUUCAGCUUAGGAAGUUCAUGAGAAGCCUUUUCUGUUGGAACUAUAGAGAAGUUUGGGAUAGCCCCAUGUAGGCCAGAUGAUGAUUGGAUGUCAUGAAGCGAUCUCCGAUAUUUAAAGGUUUUCGAGCUCACUUCAUGCCGCUGUUGUAAUUCUUUUGUUUCCCUCCAUCAUAAGUGGUGAUUGAGAAUAGAGAAGAGCAACGAAGCAACUCGUUUUUUAAUUUAUUUAGAUGAGCUUGAUGCACAUGUACUACUGAUCAAUCUGAGCUCUCACUAGCAAUUACUACAUAGUAUUUGGUGCGUCUGGACAAGAUAAACUUAAUGUUAGUAAACUAGUUUGUUAUAGCCUGACAUCCUUACGUUUGAUGUAUCAGAAACAGAACUGUAGCUCCAUUUGGUCAUCAUUGGAACCUGCGAUGUUUCCAAAGAUCUCAAGAAACCCCAGUAGAAAAUACAAACUAAGAACUGGCUGAGGUCAACAUGUAAUGAAAAGGAUUGUUAAACUAAGAGGAUGUAUUUUAUAUGUUAUGGAGAUUGCAGGGUAGUCUUGUUUUUGGUGUU